AUGGACGUGGACGUGGACGUGGACGUGGACAUGGACGUGGACAUGGACGUGGACGUGGACAUGGACGUGGACGUGGACAUGGACGUGGACGUGGACGUGGACGUGGACGUGGACGUGGACGUGGACGUGGACGUGGACGUGGACGUGGACGUGGACAUGGACGUGGACGUGGACGUGGACGUGGACGUGGACGUGGACGUGGACGUGGACGUGGACGUGGACGUGGACGUGGACGUGGACGUGGACAUGGACGUGGACGUGGACGUGGACGUGGACGUGGACGUGGACGUGGACGUGGACGUGGACAUGGACGUGGACGUGGACGUGGACGUGGACGUGGACGUGGACGUGGACGUGGACGUGGACGUGGACGUGGACGUGGACGUGGACGUGGACGUGGACGUGGACGUGGACGUGGACGUGGACGUGGACGUGGACGUGGACGUGGACGUGGACGUGGACGUGGACGUGGACGUGGAGAACGUGGACGUGGACAUGGACGUGGACGUGGACGUGGACGUGGACGUGGACAUGGACGUGGACGUGGACGUGGACGUGGACGUGGACGUGGACGUGGACGUGGACGUGGACGUGGACGUGGACGUGGACGUGGACGUGGACGUGGACGUGGACGUGGACGUGGACGUGGACGUGGACAUGGACGUGGACGUGGACGUGGACGUGGACGUGGACGUGGACGUGGACGUGGACGUGGACGUGGACGUGGACGUGGACGUGGACGUGGACGUGGACGUGGACGUGGACGUGGACGUGGACGUGGACGUGGACGUGGACGUGGACGUGGACAUGGACGUGGACGUGGACGUGGACGUGGACAUGGACGUGGACGUGGACGUGGACGUGGACGUGGACGUGGACGUGGACGUGGACGUGGACGUGGACGUGGACGUGGACGUGGACGUGGACGUGGACAUGGACGUGGACGUGGACGUGGACGUGGACGUGGACGUGGACGUGGACAUGGACGUGGACGUGGACGUGGACGUGGACGUGGACGUGGACGUGGACGUGGACGUGGACGUGGACGUGGACAUGGACGUGGACGUGGACGUGGACGUGGACGUGGACAUGGACGUGGACGUGGACGUGGACGUGGACAUGGACGUGGACGUGGACGUGGACGUGGACGUGGACGUGGACGUGGACGUGGACGUGGACGUGGACAUGGACGUGGACGUGGACGUGGACGUGGACAUGGACGUGGACAUGGACGUGGACGUGGACGUGGACGUGGACGUGGACGUGGACGUGGACGUGGACAUGGACGUGGACGUGGACGUGGACGUGGACGUGGACGUGGACGUGGACGUGGACGUGGACGUGGACGUGGACGUGGACAUGGACGUGGACGUGGACGUGGACGUGGACGUGGACGUGGACGUGGACGUGGACGUGGACGUGGACGUGGACGUGGACGUGGACGUGGACGUGGACGUGGACGUGGACGUGGACGUGGACGUGGACGUGGACGUGGACGUGGACGUGGACGUGGACAUGGACGUGGACGUGGACGUGGACGUGGACGUGGACGUGGACGUGGACGUGGACGUGGACGUGGACGUGGACGUGGACGUGGACGUGGACGUGGACGUGGACGUGGAGGACGUGGACGUGGACGUGGACGUGGACGUGGACGUGGACGUGGACGUGGACGUGGACGUGGACGUGGACGUGGACGUGGACGUGGACGUGGACGUGGACGUGGACGUGGACGUGGACGUGGACGUGGACGUGGACGUGGACGUGGACGUGGACGUGGACGUGGACGUGGACGUGGACGUGGACGUGGACGUGGACGUGGACGUGGACGUGGACGUGGACGUGGACGUGGACGUGGACGUGGACAUGGACGUGGACAUGGACGUGGACGUGGACGUGGACGUGGACGUGGACGUGGACGUGGACGUGGACGUGGACGUGGACGUGGACGUGGACGUGGACGUGGACGUGGACGUGGACGUGGACGUGGACGUGGACGUGGACGUGGACGUGGACGUGGACGUGGACGUGGACGUGGACGUGGACGUGGACGUGGACGUGGACGUGGACGUGGACGUGGACGUGGACGUGGACAUGGACGUGGACGUGGACAUGGACGUGGACGUGGACGUGGACGUGGACGUGGACGUGGACAUGGACGUGGACGUGGACGUGGACGUGGACAUGGACGUGGACGUGGACGUGGACAUGGACGUGGACGUGGACGUGGAGAACGUGGACGUGGACAUGGACGUGGACGUGGACGUGGACGUGGACGUGGACAUGGACGUGGACGUGGACGUGGACGUGGACGUGGACGUGGACGUGGACGUGGACGUGGACGUGGACGUGGACAUGGACGUGGACGUGGACGUGGACGUGGACGUGGACGUGGACGUGGACGUGGACGUGGACGUGGACAUGGACGUGGACGUGGACGUGGACGUGGACGUGGACGUGGACGUGGACGUGGACGUGGACGUGGACGUGGACGUGGACGUGGACGUGGACGUGGACGUGGACGGACGUGGACGUGGACGUGGACGUGGACGUGGACAUGGACGUGGACGUGGACGUGGACGUGGACGUGGACGUGGACGUGGACGUGGACGUGGACGUGGACGUGGACGUGGACGUGGACGUGGACGUGGACGUGGACGUGGACGUGGACGUGGACGUGGACGUGGACGUGGACGUGGACAUGGACGUGGACGUGGACAUGGACGUGGACGUGGACAUGGACGUGGACAUGGACGUGGACGUGGACGUGGACAUGGACGUGGACGUGGACGUGGACGUGGACGUGGACGUGGACGUGGACGUGGACGUGGACGUGGACGUGGACAUGGACGUGGACGUGGACGUGGACGUGGACAUGGACGUGGACGUGGACGUGGACGUGGACGUGGACGUGGACGUGGACGUGGACGUGGACGUGGACGUGGACAUGGACGUGGACGUGGACGUGGACGUGGACAUGGACGUGGACAUGGACGUGGACGUGGACGUGGACGUGGACGGACGUGGACGUGGACGUGGACGUGGACGUGGACAUGGACGUGGACGUGGACGUGGACGUGGACGUGGACGUGGACGUGGACGUGGACGUGGACGUGGACGUGGACGUGGACGUGGACGUGGACGUGGACGUGGACGUGGACGUGGACGUGGACGUGGACGUGGACGUGGACGUGGACGUGGACGUGGACGUGGACGUGGACGUGGACGUGGACGUGGACGUGGACGUGGACGUGGACGUGGACGUGGACAUGGACGUGGACGUGGACAUGGACGUGGACGUGGACGUGGACGUGGACGUGGACGUGGACGUGGACGUGGACGUGGAGGACGUGGACGUGGACAUGGACGUGGACGUGGACAUGGACGUGGACGUGGACGGACGUGGACGUGGACAUGGACGUGGACGUGGACAUGGACGUGGACGUGGACGUGGACGUGGACGUGGACGUGGACGUGGACGUGGACGUGGACGUGGACGUGGACGUGGACGUGGACGUGGACGUGGACGUGGACGUGGACGUGGACGUGGACGUGGACGUGGACGUGGACGUGGACGUGGACGUGGACGUGGACGUGGACGUGGACGUGGACGUGGACGUGGACGUGGACGUGGACGUGGACGUGGACGUGGACGUGGACGUGGACGUGGACGUGGACGUGGACAUGGACGUGGACGUGGACGUGGACGUGGACGUGGACGUGGACGUGGACGUGGACGUGGACGUGGACGUGGACAUGGACGUGGACGUGGACGUGGACGUGGACGUGGACGUGGACGUGGACGUGGACGUGGACGUGGACGUGGACGUGGACGUGGACGUGGACGUGGACGUGGACAUGGACGUGGACGUGGACGUGGACAUGGACGUGGACAUGGACGUGGACGUGGACGUGGACGUGGACGUGGACGUGGACGUGGACGUGGACGUGGACGUGGACGUGGACGUGGACGUGGACGUGGACGUGGACGUGGACGUGGACGUGGACGUGGACGUGGACGUGGACGUGGACGUGGACGUGGACGUGGACGUGGACGUGGACGUGGACGUGGACAUGGACGUGGACGUGGACGUGGACGACGUGGACGUGGACGUGGACGUGGACGUGGACGUGGACGUGGACGUGGACGUGGACGUGGACGUGGACGUGGACGUGGACAUGGACGUGGACGUGGACGUGGACGUGGACAUGGACGUGGACGUGGACGUGGACGUGGACGUGGACGUGGACGUGGACGUGGACGUGGACGUGGACGUGGACGUGGACGUGGACGUGGACGUGGACGUGGACGUGGACGUGGACGUGGACGUGGACGUGGACAUGGACGUGGACGUGGACGUGGACGUGGACGUGGACGUGGACGUGGACGUGGACGUGGACGUGGACAUGGACGUGGACGUGGACGUGGACGUGGACGUGGACGUGGACGUGGACGUGGACGUGGACGUGGACGUGGACGUGGACGUGGACGUGGACGUGGACAUGGACGUGGACGUGGACGUGGACGUGGACGUGGACGUGGACGUGGACGUGGACGUGGACGUGGACGUGGACGUGGACGUGGACGUGGACGUGGACGUGGACGUGGACGUGGACGUGGACGUGGACGUGGACGUGGACGUGGACGUGGACGUGGACGUGGACGUGGACGUGGACGUGGACGUGGACGUGGACGUGGACGUGGACGUGGACGUGGACGUGGACGUGGACGUGGACGUGGACGUGGACGUGGACGUGGACGUGGACGUGGACGUGGACGUGGACGUGGACGUGGACGUGGACGUGGACGUGGACGUGGACGUGGACGUGGACGUGGACGUGGACGUGGACGUGGACGUGGACGUGGACGUGGACGUGGACGUGGACGUGGACGUGGACGUGGACGUGGACGUGGACGUGGACGUGGACGUGGACGUGGACGUGGACGUGGACGUGGACGUGGACGUGGACGUGGACGUGGACGUGGACGUGGACGUGGACGUGGACGUGGACGUGGACGUGGACGUGGACGUGGACGUGGACGUGGACGUGGACGUGGACGUGGACGUGGACGUGGACGUGGACGUGGACGUGGACGUGGACGUGGACGUGGACGUGGACGUGGACGUGGACGUGGACGUGGACGUGGACGUGGACGUGGACGUGGACGUGGACGUGGACGUGGACGUGGACGUGGACGUGGACGUGGACGUGGACGUGGACGUGGACGUGGACGUGGACGUGGACGUGGACGUGGACGUGGACGUGGACGUGGACGUGGACGUGGACGUGGACGUGGACGUGGACAUGGACGUGGACGUGGACGUGGACGUGGACGUGGACGUGGACGUGGACGUGGACGUGGACGUGGACGUGGACGUGGACGUGGACGUGGACGUGGACGUGGACGUGGACGUGGACGUGGACGUGGACAUGGACGUGGACGUGGACGUGGACGACGUGGACGUGGACGUGGACGUGGACGUGGACGUGGACGUGGACGUGGACGUGGACGUGGACGUGGACGUGGACGUGGACGUGGACGUGGACGUGGACGUGGACGUGGACAUGGACGUGGACGUGGACGUGGACGUGGACGUGGACGUGGACGUGGACGUGGACGUGGACGUGGACGUGGACGUGGACGUGGACGUGGACGUGGACAUGGACGUGGACGUGGACGUGGACAUGGACGUGGACGUGGACGUGGACGUGGACGUGGACGUGGACGUGGACGUGGACGUGGACGUGGACGUGGACGUGGACGUGGACGUGGACGUGGACGUGGACAUGGACGUGGACGUGGACGUGGACGUGGACGUGGACGUGGACGUGGACGUGGACGUGGACGUGGACGUGGACGUGGACGUGGACGUGGACGUGGACGUGGACGUGGACGUGGACGUGGACGUGGACGUGGACGUGGACGUGGACGUGGACGUGGACGUGGACAUGGACGUGGACGUGGACGUGGACGUGGACGUGGACGUGGACGUGGACAUGGACGUGGACGUGGACGUGGAGGACGUGGACGUGGACGUGGACGUGGACGUGGACGUGGACGUGGACAUGGACGUGGACGUGGACGUGGACGUGGACGUGGACGUGGACGUGGACGUGGACGUGGACGUGGACGUGGACAUGGACGUGGACGUGGACGUGGACGUGGACAUGGACGUGGACGUGGACGUGGACGUGGACGUGGACGUGGACGUGGACGUGGACGUGGACGUGGACGUGGACGUGGACGUGGACGUGGACGUGGACGUGGACGUGGACGUGGACGUGGACGUGGACGUGGACGUGGACGUGGACGUGGACGUGGACGUGGACGUGGACGUGGACGUGGACGUGGACGUGGACGUGGACGUGGACGUGGACGUGGACGUGGACGUGGACGUGGACGUGGACGUGGACGUGGACGUGGACGUGGACGUGGACGUGGACGUGGACGUGGACGUGGACGUGGACGUGGACGUGGACGUGGACGUGGACGUGGACGUGGACGUGGACGUGGACGUGGACGUGGACGUGGACGUGGACGUGGACGUGGACAUGGACGUGGACGUGGACGUGGACGUGGACGUGGAGGACGUGGACGUGGACGUGGACGUGGACGUGGACGUGGACGUGGACGUGGACGUGGACGUGGACGUGGACGUGGACGUGGACGUGGACGUGGACGUGGACGUGGACGUGGACGUGGACGUGGACGUGGACGUGGACGUGGACGUGGACGUGGACGUGGACGUGGACGUGGACGUGGACGUGGACGUGGACGUGGACAUGGACGUGGACAUGGACGUGGACGUGGACGUGGACGUGGACGUGGACAUGGACGUGGACGUGGACGUGGACGUGGACGUGGACAUGGACGUGGACGUGGACGUGGACGUGGACGUGGACGUGGACGUGGACGUGGACGUGGACGUGGACGUGGACGUGGACGUGGACGUGGACGUGGACGUGGACGUGGACGUGGACGUGGACGUGGACGUGGACGUGGACGUGGACGUGGACGUGGACGUGGACGUGGACGUGGACGUGGACGUGGACGUGGACGUGGACGUGGACAUGGACGUGGACGUGGACGUGGACGUGGACGUGGACGUGGACGUGGACGUGGACGUGGACGUGGACGUGGACGUGGACGUGGACGUGGACGUGGACGUGGACGUGGACGUGGACGUGGACGUGGACGUGGACGUGGACGUGGACGUGGACGUGGACGUGGACGUGGACGUGGACGUGGACGUGGACGUGGACGUGGACGUGGACGUGGACGUGGACGACUUGGACGUGGACAUGGACGUGGACGUGGACGUGGACGUGGACGUGGACGUGGACGUGGACGUGGACGUGGACGUGGACGUGGACGUGGACGUGGACGUGGACGUGGACGUGGACGUGGACAUGGACGUGGACGUGGACGUGGACGUGGACGUGGACGUGGACGUGGACGUGGACGUGGACGUGGACGUGGACGUGGACGUGGACGUGGACGUGGACGUGGACGUGGACGUGGACGUGGACGUGGACGUGGACGUGGACGUGGACGUGGACGUGGACGUGGACGUGGACGUGGACGUGGACGUGGACAUGGACGUGGACGUGGACGUGGACGUGGACGUGGACGUGGACGUGGACGUGGACGUGGACGUGGACGUGGACGUGGACGUGGACGUGGACGUGGACGUGGACGUGGACGUGGACGUGGACGUGGACGUGGACGUGGACGUGGACGUGGACGUGGACGUGGACGUGGACGUGGACGUGGACGUGGACGUGGACGUGGACGUGGACGUGGACGUGGACGUGGACGUGGACGUGGACGUGGACGUGGACGUGGACGUGGACGUGGACGUGGACACGUGGACGUGGACGUGGACGUGGACGUGGACAUGGACGUGGACGUGGACGUGGACGUGGACGUGGACGUGGACGUGGACGUGGACGUGGACGUGGACGUGGACGUGGACGUGGACGUGGACGUGGACGUGGACGUGGACGUGGACGUGGACGUGGACGUGGACGUGGACGUGGACGUGGACGUGGACGUGGACGUGGACGUGGACGUGGACGUGGACGUGGACGUGGACGUGGACGUGGACGUGGACGUGGACGUGGACGUGGACGUGGACGUGGACGUGGACGUGGACGUGGACGUGGACGUGGACGUGGACGUGGACGUGGACGUGGACGUGGACGUGGACGUGGACGUGGACGUGGACGUGGACGUGGACGUGGACGUGGACGUGGACGUGGACGUGGACGUGGACGUGGACGUGGACGUGGACGUGGACGUGGACGUGGACGUGGACGUGGACGUGGACGUGGACGUGGACGUGGACGUGGACGUGGACGUGGACGUGGACGUGGACGUGGACAUGGACGUGGACGUGGACGUGGACGUGGACGUGGACGUGGACGUGGACGUGGACGUGGACGUGGACGUGGACGUGGACGUGGACGUGGACGUGGACGUGGACGUGGACGUGGACGUGGACGUGGACGUGGACGUGGACGUGGACGUGGACGUGGACGUGGACGUGGACGUGGACGUGGACGUGGACGUGGACGUGGACGUGGACGUGGACGUGGACGUGGACGUGGACGUGGACGUGGACGUGGACGUGGACGUGGACGUGGACGUGGACGUGGACGUGGACGUGGACGUGGACGUGGACGUGGACGUGGACGUGGACGUGGACGUGGACGUGGACGUGGACGUGGACGUGGACGUGGACGUGGACGUGGACGUGGACGUGGACGUGGACGUGGACGUGGACGUGGACGUGGACGUGGACGUGGACGUGGACGUGGACGUGGACGUGGACGUGGACGUGGACGUGGACGUGGACGUGGACGUGGACGUGGACGUGGACGUGGACGUGGACGUGGACGUGGACGUGGACGUGGACGUGGACGUGGACAUGGACGUGGACGUGGACGUGGACGUGGACGUGGACGUGGACGUGGACGUGGACGUGGACGUGGACGUGGACGUGGACGUGGACGUGGACGUGGACGUGGACGUGGACGUGGACGUGGACGUGGACGUGGACGUGGACGUGGACGUGGACGUGGACGUGGACGUGGACGUGGACGUGGACGUGGACGUGGACGUGGACGUGGACGUGGACGUGGACGUGGACGUGGACGUGGACGUGGACGUGGACGUGGACGUGGACGUGGACGUGGACGUGGACGUGGACGUGGACGUGGACGUGGACGUGGACGUGGACGUGGACGUGGACGUGGACGUGGACGUGGACGUGGACGUGGACGUGGACGUGGACGUGGACGUGGACGUGGACGUGGACGUGGACGUGGACGUGGACGUGGACGUGGACGUGGACGUGGACGUGGACGUGGACGUGGACGUGGACGUGGACGUGGACGUGGACGUGGACGUGGACGUGGACGUGGACGUGGACGUGGACGUGGACGUGGACGUGGACGUGGACGUGGACGUGGACGUGGACGUGGACGUGGACGUGGACGUGGACGUGGACGUGGACGUGGACGUGGACGUGGACGUGGACGUGGACGUGGACGUGGACGUGGACGUGGACGUGGACGUGGACGUGGACGUGGACGUGGACGUGGACGUGGACGUGGACGUGGACGUGGACGUGGACGUGGACGUGGACGUGGACGUGGACGUGGACGUGGACGUGGACGUGGACGUGGACGUGGACGUGGACGUGGACGUGGACGUGGACGUGGACGUGGACGUGGACGUGGACGUGGACGUGGACGUGGACGUGGACGUGGACGUGGACAUGGACGUGGACGUGGACGUGGACGUGGACGUGGACGUGGACGUGGACGUGGACGUGGACGUGGACGUGGACGUGGACGUGGACGUGGACGUGGACGUGGACGUGGACGUGGACGUGGACGUGGACGUGGACGUGGACGUGGACGUGGACGUGGACGUGGACGUGGACGUGGACGUGGACGUGGACGUGGACGUGGACGUGGACGUGGACGUGGACGUGGACGUGGACGUGGACGUGGACGUGGACGUGGACGUGGACGUGGACGUGGACGUGGACGUGGACGUGGACGUGGACGUGGACGUGGACGUGGACGUGGACGUGGACGUGGACGUGGACGUGGACGUGGACGUGGACGGACGUGGACGUGGACGUGGACGUGGACGUGGACGUGGACGUGGACGUGGACAUGGACGUGGACGUGGACGUGGACGUGGACGUGGACGUGGACGUGGACGUGGACGUGGACGUGGACGUGGACGUGGACGUGGACGUGGACGUGGACGUGGACGUGGACGUGGACGUGGACGUGGACGUGGACGUGGACGUGGACGUGGACGUGGACGUGGACGUGGACGUGGACGUGGACGUGGACGUGGACGUGGACGUGGACGUGGACGUGGACGUGGACGUGGACGUGGACGUGGACGGACGUGGACGUGGACGUGGACGGACGUGGACGUGGACGUGGACGUGGACGUGGACGUGGACGUGGACGUGGACGUGGACGUGGACGUGGACGUGGACGUGGACGUGGACGUGGACGUGGACGUGGACGUGGACGUGGACAUGGACGUGGACGUGGACGUGGACGUGGACGUGGACGUGGACGUGGACGUGGACGUGGACGUGGACGUGGACGUGGACGUGGACGUGGACGUGGACGUGGACGUGGACGUGGACGUGGACGUGGACGUGGACAUGGACGUGGACGUGGACGUGGACGUGGACGUGGACGUGGACGUGGACGUGGACGUGGACGUGGACGUGGACGUGGACGUGGACGUGGACGUGGACGUGGACGUGGACGUGGACGUGGACGUGGACGUGGACGUGGACGUGGACGUGGACGUGGACGUGGACGUGGACGUGGACGUGGACGUGGACGUGGACGUGGACGUGGACGUGGACAUGGACGUGGACGUGGACGUGGACGUGGACGUGGACGUGGACGUGGACGUGGACGUGGACGUGGACGUGGACGUGGACGUGGACGUGGACGUGGACGUGGACGUGGACGUGGACGUGGACGUGGACGUGGACGUGGACGUGGACGUGGACGUGGACGUGGACGUGGACGUGGACGUGGACGUGGACGUGGACGUGGACGUGGACGUGGACGUGGACGUGGACGUGGACGUGGACGUGGACGUGGACGUGGACGUGGACGUGGACGUGGACGUGGACGUGGACGUGGACGUGGACGUGGACGUGGACGUGGACGUGGACGUGGACGUGGACGUGGACGUGGACGUGGACGUGGACGUGGACGUGGACGUGGACGUGGACGUGGACGUGGACGUGGACGUGGACGUGGACGUGGACGUGGACGUGGACGUGGACGUGGACGUGGACGUGGACGUGGACGUGGACGUGGACGUGGACGUGGACGUGGACGUGGACGGACGUGGACGUGGACGUGGACGUGGACGUGGACGUGGACGUGGACGUGGACGUGGACGUGGACGUGGACGUGGACGUGGACGUGGACGUGGACGUGGACGUGGACGUGGACGUGGACGUGGACGUGGACGUGGACGUGGACGUGGACGUGGACGUGGACGUGGACGUGGACGUGGACGUGGACGUGGACGUGGACGUGGACGUGGACGUGGACGUGGACGUGGACAUGGACGUGGACGUGGACGUGGACGUGGACGUGGACGUGGACGUGGACGUGGACGUGGACGUGGACGUGGACGUGGACGUGGACGUGGACGUGGACGUGGACGUGGACGUGGACGUGGACGUGGACGUGGACGUGGACGUGGACGUGGACGUGGACGUGGACGUGGACGUGGACGUGGACGUGGACGUGGACGUGGACGUGGACGUGGACGUGGACGUGGACGUGGACGUGGACGUGGACGUGGACGUGGACGUGGACGUGGACGUGGACGUGGACGUGGACGUGGACGUGGACGUGGACGUGGACGUGGACGUGGACGUGGACGUGGACGUGGACGUGGACGUGGACGUGGACGUGGACGUGGACGUGGACGUGGACGUGGACGUGGACGUGGACGUGGACGUGGACGUGGACGUGGACGUGGACGUGGACGUGGACGUGGACGUGGACGUGGACGUGGACGUGGACGUGGACGUGGACGUGGACGUGGACGUGGACGUGGACGUGGACGUGGACGUGGACGUGGACGUGGACGUGGACGUGGACGUGACGUGGACGUGGACAUGGACGUGGACGUGGACGUGGACGUGGACGUGGACGUGGACGUGGACGUGGACGUGGACGUGGACGUGGACGUGGACGUGGACGUGGACGUGGACGUGGACGUGGACGUGGACGUGGACGUGGACGUGGACGUGGACGUGGACGUGGACGUGGACGUGGACGUGGACGUGGACGUGGACGUGGACGUGGACGUGGACGUGGACGUGGACGUGGACGUGGACGUGGACGUGGACGUGGACGUGGACAUGGACGUGGACGUGGACAUGGACGUGGACGUGGACGUGGACGUGGACGUGGACGUGGACGUGGACGUGGACGUGGACGUGGACGUGGACGUGGACGUGGACGUGGACGUGGACGUGGACGUGGACGUGGACGUGGACGUGGACGUGGACGUGGACGUGGACAUGGACGUGGACGUGGACGUGGACGUGGACGUGGAGGACGUGGACGUGGACGUGGACGUGGACGUGGACGUGGACGUGGACGUGGACGUGGACGUGGACGUGGACGUGGACGUGGACGUGGACGUGGACGUGGACGUGGACGUGGACGUGGACGUGGACGUGGACGUGGACGUGGACGUGGACGUGGACGUGGACGUGGACGUGGACGUGGACGUGGACGUGGACGUGGACGUGGACGUGGACGUGGACGUGGACGUGGACGUGGACGUGGACGUGGACGUGGACGUGGACGUGGACGUGGACGUGGACGUGGACGUGGACGUGGACGUGGACGUGGACGUGGACGUGGACGUGGACGUGGACGUGGACGUGGACGUGGACGUGGACGUGGACGUGGACGUGGACGUGGACGUGGACGUGGACGUGGACGUGGACGUGGACGUGGACGUGGACGUGGACGUGGACGUGGACGUGGACGUGGACGUGGACGUGGACGUGGACGUGA